UGGAGGGUCCUGUGAAGUGGGGGGCCCGAGAGUCCUUGAACUUCAGGGCCUCCAUGAAUUUGGGGAAGGGAAAAUGGGGGCGACCAAGGCGGCCAGAUGUUUGUGGAGCUCUACAGCUCCCGACCUCUCCCCUUUGGCAGGCCGGACACGACACGGUUCGGCGGCCGAAGCCCAGAACAGUCAGGGUGCCUGGGCCGGAGGGAGGGCCAGGGCCAGAGGAAGGAGUCCGGGGCCGCCGCCGCCCCGCCCGUCGGGCUGUCCGCCCCGCCUACCCCGAGCGAGGCGGAGCCGGCGCCGGGAGAAGCAGGAGGAGAGGUCGGAGCCGUCUCCAGGAGCCCUUAGAGACCGAGUCCCCGGCGGCGGCGGUGGUGACGGGGGGAGCGCACCGGCAGGCGAGUGGGCACCGAGCGGCGGGCGCAGAUUCAUUCCACCACUUACAACCUGAAAACGGUGGGCCACGGGAAGUCUUACUGUUUUUCUUUUGUGCUUGAGCAUCAUUUUGGAGUCAGCAGCUUUUCCUGCCUUCUCUGGCCCCAGCACUGUGAACUUGGGCCUCUCUGCCAAGGUUCCCUCCUUUGUCAUGUGCAGGUUUCAGAUAGAAACAACAGUUGAAGAUGUCCAGCAAAACGGCAAGCACCAACAACAUCGCCCAGGCCCGGAGGACGGUGCAACAGUUGAGGAUGGAAGCCUCCAUCGAGAGAAUAAAGGUUUCAAAGGCGUCAGCGGACCUCAUGUCCUACUGUGAGGAGCACGCCAGAAGCGACCCUUUGCUGAUAGGGAUACCAACCUCAGAAAACCCUUUCAAGGAUAAAAAAACUUGCAUCAUCUUAUAGAGGAACAGUGAAAUGGCUCCUCGCCUCUUCUCAACAAAGCAAAUUAUGAGAGCAGCUCCUUGGAAGAAAUUUACCUUCGGCUUAUUUGGUAACCACUGCUAAUAACUAAAAUACUCUAACUUGGAAUAAUCGACUCUGACGUCUUUAUUUUCCAAGUUGCCCUUUCUCUAAAACACCUUUUACUGAUUUAAUCCAGAAUAACAAUCUUCUUUUCCAUUUGAUAACGAUGGUGUCAUAUGGGUUACUGCUUAAGAAAAGUUGGUUUGGGCCGUUUAAAAAAAGACAAUUAUAUACUUCUAAAUAUACGGAUAACCCAGUUAUAUCCAGACCUAAAUUACCUACAUACCUGUCUAGAUUAAAAUGCCAAGAAUAACUUAAGUCCCAAAACCUUUACAUCCUAGUAUGUUCUUAUUAGGGUUGUGCCAACUGUACAGUGUACCUGUGUAUUAUAUAUGUCUUUGUAUAUACACCCAUCAGUGCUUAUUUCCUUAGUAAAAUUUCUCUCUCCGUGCCCUCAGUUCCUCAACUGCAGAAGCUAUACCUUUGUCUUGAGCCGUAUGUAGGUAGAGUAAGAUUUUUUUCAUUUAGUUACUGUACAAAAAGUAAAGAACAUUCUAAAGAUUGUAGCCAUGGUAAUUGAGUAAUGAUGAAAUUGUGCUGACCUCUUAGGCUAUAAUCAAUCAGCUGAACCAAUUAAAUUUACAAACUGAACUAAAAGCCCUCUCAGGAGGUAUUCACAAGGGAGCCUUUUGGGCUUCAGUGAUCCCGAGUCUAGAAAAGGGGAGGAGGCCCCUGGGGCUCAUGUUCUCUGGAAUAGGGGUCGAUACCUCUGAACUGUCCACCCUCACUGCUUGGAGGGAGACAGAGUGCACAUGAGCCUGGCCCAAAGAGGAGCAGGAAGGUGUGAAAGCCAGGUGCUUGUCUUAGCCAGACCUGGUGAUUUCCUCCUCUCUGCCCUUUAUCUUUCCUCUCCCGCUAGAACAGCUCUUUCCAGAGGUGGUACUCACCUCCCCAACCCCAAGUGGGUGGAACAUGGUGGGAAAGAAAAGCCAAAGGUAUCAGACACUAAGCCGCUUUUCAAAUACCUGCUGGGACACUGUGUUGUUCCCUACCUUGUCCACAAACCCCCUGGGGCAGGCUUGGAUUCGGGGGUACACAACUUGGGCUUCAGGGUUCCAGCAGCUGUUCAUCGGGGUCCUUGAUAGUCCCUCUGGGCGUGAACGGAGCCCUCACAUCCUUGGAAUUGCCAGGGGGCAUCCUGAGGAAUCUCCUAUGGCCAGAGAGUAGUUUAGUUUUAUCAAAGAGGGAGGAAGGGUCCUUUUUUUUAACAAAACUGCUCACUUCGGGGCUCAAACCAUACACAAGCCUUUGAUGUUCGAAUUCAUCUCUAGUUCAUUACAAUAUCUACUAGUGAAGGAUUCAAAGCUUAUUUUCAAAAAGGAUCCAACCCGAGGAUGGAAUUAUUUACAACGGUUUUCCCUAGUUCUGUACAAUCUUGCUCUGUAACACAAGCCCCUUUUAAAAUCUAAUGUCUGGGUUUUGAGUAUGAAGCUGAUUGUGGGUGAACAAAUGCAAGGCUAUUUUUAAACUGCUCAAAUAUAGUCAGGAUUUCCCCAGCCACCUAUCUGUUCAGCAUUGUGAACUGCCCUCACUUUUCCAACAUCAUGUGAAAAUCAUGCCACUGGCCUUAACCUCUUGUCAUCUACUGCUUGGUUUUGCAAUAGGCCCAGUUGCCAAGUAAAUUAGAGGCACCUAUUUAGGAGAGAUAAAGGUGAAAUUUGAAAUAUACACUAAAAAGACAACAUUACAUUUAAUGCUUCACUGAAUGAGGCCUUUUCUUUUAAUAGGUAUAUUUUUCUACUGAUCAUUUCACCACCCUAAUCUUAUUUUCAUUUUGAUUUUAACAUUUUAAGUAUUUAUAAUACAGCUUGUUAAAUAUUUUUAUGAAAUUUUAUUAUACCUUUUUGGUGUAUGUGCACCUUUUCAGUAGCAAGCAUAGUUUAUUCUUUAGCACUAAAUUAUGUCCUUUUGACCUAGCAGAAAACAAGUAUGUUUUGCUAUUUGUUGAUACACUUGUAGUGGUAAGGAAUGGACUCGAGGUUCCAGGAGAUUUCAUUUUUGCUGGUCAGAUAUCAUAAAGGCUAGGAGUAUGAAUGUAAUGUAACUUCCUAACUAGGUGUAGGGCAUGUUCAAGAGAAGUGAAAUCCCAUCCUUGGAUGCUGGACCCAGUGGGGAAAAAUUGUAGCUAAAUGUUGAUUGACUUACAACUAGAUGUCUAUGUAAGAGAAUCUAUGUAUAGGAUAUGCAGAAGUCACUUUUAUUUAUCAGGCUUUAUUCUACUUAUGAACCACAAUUGAACUGUUCCGCAGUAGCUGGUUUAUAAUGGACAAAUGAUCAGUAUGUGUUUGUUUGUUUUUUUUCCCCAAUUACCACUAUAAAGACACAAUCACAUAAUAUACAUGCAACUUCUUGACUUCAUAUCUAUGAAGCUCUUUAAAUAUGUGCAUUAUAUUUUUGUCUUUAAUGCUGCUUCUAUUAACAGUGAUCUCUUUUUUCAUUCUUAUAUAUUCAUUAGUGCAUCAGUCUGUCCAAUUGAGGCCUCGGGACCAUGGCAAAAUAUGCUAGACAAAAAAGUUCGUGACUCCGAAGUAUUUUACAGACACACUUUAUACCAGGUUGUUCACAAGGUCUAGGUUGUAGUUUUUCUUCUAAAAAGAAUCAGGUUUUUACAUUUCCUUACCUUAUUAAAAUCAAAGUGCCAUAAUGAUCUUUUAAAGAAAGUACCUGACUCGCUUUCUCUCUAUACUGUUUUUAUACUUUAAACUAUCAAAAAAAUUAUACCAAUGAUUUAGUAAUUUUGAGGCAUAGGUUAGUUUGGGUAGAAGAUGCGCUAGGCUUGGCUUCAGAUGCCUUCUUCUCAGCCAAUUUACAACCAAGAUGUGUCAUCUGAUUAUUCCAACUAUUGACUGAAGAUCUCUAGAGGCCCAAGAAAUGAACUACAGUACAUGUCAGUCCUUCUCAGUAAAAUAAAAUACUGGAGUGUGUUGAAUUGUAUGGAUUUCUUUUAUGGUAGAUCUGUUAAUAGGAACAGAAUACAUGAAUCACGUAGAAUUAGGUAUAGAUUAAAAUAGCGCACUUCCCUAAAGUUGGGUGGCCUCGAUCGUAGCCUCGGGUCCUUUUCCAGCCAGUCCUGUGUGUCCCUGUGUCGUGUGACUUCGGACAAGGCACUUCAUCUCGCUGGGCCCCCAUUUCACCCUCUGUAAAACAGGCGGCUUAAAGUAGAGGGUGGUGGAGACUCCCCCAACCCCCCGCCCCCGAUGCCUCGGUCCAUUGGCCUACCCCUCUCCAGGUCCUGCCAAUGUGUUGGUGCUAUAAGCUGCUUCAAAUAUAAAACUGGUUCAUCUAUCAUAUAUGCUCAAUUUAAUAGCUUAUGAAAGGCCUUUUUGUUAUAUAGCUUUUUCUAGUUUUAUGGACUUGAUUACUGUAAUGUCUUGUUUUUAGUCAUGUCACUCUAAACAUCAUUCACUUGAUGUUUCAGUAAUCUGCAUUUGAUAUAUAGUUGGAGGGGAUUUUGUUAUUUCAUAGCAUUCCUUGGCUACUCAUCUGUCCAGCCUCUUAUUAACCUAAGCACUGUGAUCAUUAUCUGGAAAUCUGUCCUAUGGAAAGAAUAAAAGCAUUUACUUCACUUGUACUUCACAGAUUUGAAAGAAGUGUCAUUAAAACAUCAUUGUUCUCUUUACUGGAUCAGUGCCUGACUGUAUCAUCCUACCCGUGUUUUGCUCAAUAAAUUAAUAAAGACCCAUUUUCUUCCCUUUUCCUUAA